AUGGUUGACAUGAACACUGAUCACAUUUUUGAGGUUCCUGACACUCCUGACCGAGUACAGCAGUCAGUGUGCGCUGUAUCAAGCUCAGCUGCUACGAGAGGUGUAACAAGGAUGGCUGGAAAUCCUUCACCAGCCCGGAGACUCAAAUUUAAGAUCAAGAAUAUUUCAACCCAAGGUCAAUCAAGUAGAGGUGAUGCAGUUAGUGAACUUACUGCACCAUUAGACACUGACAAUAUUUUUAAACAAGCUGAAUUGGCUCGGAAAUUGUCCCCACCAAAGUUAGAUAGGACUACUGGGAAAUCUGUUGUGAACGGGAAUGGGGCUCACAGUCAUGAUUUGGAUCAGAGCAGCAGCAUUUCAAAUCACAUGAUUUGUAGCAGUGAUGGAGUAAGGGGCAGUAGCUGCCAAACCAGAGAAGGGCAGGUUGGUCAUCGAGACACAAGCCGUCGGCAUGUGGACUUUCUUGGUGUGGGGUCAGCUCUUCCUACUACCACGGUGGGAAACCCGCGAAACAGAGCAAAAAUUAGCACCUCUAAUGGGCUAAAGGAAGUAGUAGGUUCUGAUGUUUUUCCAGCAUCGGGUCCCAGGGAGGAAAGAAGAGAAGCGAUCAAUAUCCCGGGUACAGCAGGACUCUCAAGUACACCAUGCGAUGUUCCUCAAAGACAAGUGGUUCGGAGAAAGCUGGUGCGAAAUGGUUGUAUUUCUCCCUCUAACGUAGUCAAAACAAGUGUAAUUGCUGAUGAAAAGCGGGAAAUGUGCUCUACAAGUGGGGUAUUACACUAUCGAAAUCCUCGGGAUGAUGUUUUUCAUACAGGAACUAUAAUUGAUCUUACUGAUAAGUCACCAACAAUAACAAAGAAUGGAGCCUCUGUAAACUAUAUGGAAACAACUGCAUCCGAGAAGUUCAGAACAGCCAGUGCUGGGGGGACUCUAAUUCCACAGGGUGCAAAUCAAGCAAGCAGCAGUAACUGUUCUGAAGGUUUAAAGAACAAGGGCAAAGAAAUCAUCCAUCAUGUUAUGGGAAUUGAGCAGGCUGGAGAGGCUGAUACGAUGAGGGUUUGUCCAAGGGCCCCAGUAGGUUCUUCUUUUGUAAAUGACGACAGUACUGGCAUUUCUCAGCAAGGUUGGAGAACAACACAUAAUCAUACUAUUAAGUUACCCGUGUCAUUGUUGUGUAAGACGACCAGUACUUCUGGAAUGGAAUCUGGAUCUUCUGGACCAUCUAAUCAGGGUCAUGAAACCGCAGCAGAAGACAGCAAUAACUCAUUUGGUGCAGCAGCCGCUGCACGGUCUGCAAGUUUGAGGAAUAGGACAAUAAGGAUCAGUAAAGGAAAGAGGAAACACGCCACAAGUUCCUAUCAUCCUGGUGAAAGCUCUAGUUCUGUUAAUGAACUUGGUAGUUCAUGUCUUGCAUCUUCAGACACAACAGCUGGCAGAAAUCGUACCACUCGUCGUCAUAAUAUUUCUGUAAUAGAUAUUGAUGACAUAUCUUCCCCUGAAGCUCGAUCUAGUCUGAGUGGCCGCAGUAAUAGAACCUCGAUUGAUCCUAACGUAAGUGCACAGUUGGAGGCUGAUGAAUUGUUGGCUCGGCAACUUCAGGAGCAGCUUUACAAUGAAACACCUCGUGCUGCUCCUAGAGAAGAGAUUGAUGCAAUCGUAGCAAUGUCACUUCAACAUGAAGAAGAUGCAGAACGGACAUCUCGAGCUGUAAGAGCACCUGCAAGGUGGCUUCCCAACGAUACCAGAGCUGCACGGGCAUCGCGUUUAAGUGCUUCUCAGCGUGGUAUUAGGGCCAGAUAUGAGACGGGAAUUUCCCAUAUACAGAAUGCAGCUCCAGUAACUUUGGGUUUGAGGGCUUUUCGUGCCGGAUAUCGUGCUGCGCAUAUUCAACCUAAUAUCGAUUUAAAUGAUUAUGAUGCGCUACUUGCGUUAGAUGAAAAUAACCACCAGCAUACUGGUGCGUCGGAAAGUCAGAUCAAUAACUUGCCUCAGUCAGUAUUUCAGUCAACUAGCACCGAAGAGCCUUGCACAGUCUGCCUUGAAAAUCCAUCUUUCGGAGAUACCAUCCGCACUUUGCCAUGCUUUCACAAGUUCCACAAAGAGUGCAUCGACGAAUGGCUGAGAAGAAAGAAACUGUGCCCUGUUUGCAAAUUGGUACAUAUCGUAUCGGAGGGUUGCCCUUGGGUGUUCUGCCAAUGCCCUCGGUGCAUUUUGUUCUGA